CCCUCCAUGAGAUCUAUCUACAUAUGAAGUUUCAAGUUAAUAACUCUUAUAUUCUACAAGAUAUGCCCCGGACAAAACUUUAAGCAUGAAAAAUAACAAAGGGCAAUAACUCUAAAAAUAUGGAAGCAAGAGUAACAGUUCUUGUGCACUGCACUUGCCCUCAAUUAGAUCUAUCUACAUAUGAAAUUUCAAGUUGAUACCACUAAUAGUUUAGGAGAUAUACCCCGGACAAGCGAAAAUGGGACGCGGACGCCGCCGCAACCGACGCCGCCACCGACGCCCCUAUAUGUCGUCUUUUCAGGCGACACAAUAAGUGCACAAAUAUUAUUUACAUCGCCAUCGAGAAUUACGUCCCACAGUUGCGGCCAUUCUUGGAGAGCUUGAUUGAAAAAUACCCAGAGCUGAUAUCUCUUCCGCGUAAGGACGAAAAGUAUUACGGCCACACCGCCUUCCACCUUGCAGUCUGCAAAAAUUACACAGAACUUGCCAAAAAAUGCUUGACAGGUUGGAGACGUUGAUAAAGAGAAAUUAUUCAAAGAACGCGCGACAGGGAGCAACUUUGAGCAAACUGUGAUGCUCGGAGAACUGCCUCUGUUCACUGCUGCCUUGUCGUUAAACAAAGAAAUGUUUGAAGAUUUGCUGGAUUAUAAAGAAGCGAAUUUACAUGAAAGAAACUCAAAGGAAGACGAUAUAUACCAUGCGCUGAUUAGGUAUGCUCACUACUAUCCAAACAAAGAAGACGAAGUCAUCGAAAUACUUAAAUUAAUCCAGACUCAAGACGAAACAAAGCAGAACGGAACCAAAGCUGAUGUUGAAAAUGCAGAUACCACCAACGACAUUUCGAAGACAGUGAAGCAUGCUGAUAAAAUCACACUAGAAGACCAAACCAAAGACACGUCGAAAGAACCGAAGCCUGGCAUUCUCUGGAGUAUGAAAAAUGACUCGGGUCUGAAUCCUUUAGAGCUAGCGACAAAGAGUGGUCUUUGUAAAAUAUUUGGGACGAUAUACAACUCGGAGCCGUACUUUAUUGAGCACGGAAACGAUGGCUUGAACGAUAUUAAAACGUAUGAUAUCACGGACUUGGACCCUGUUGUAACAAGCGAUGCUUGUAACGAUUUCGCAGAUUCAGGAUCCAUCCUGCAGUUCCUUUUCCAAAUUCACCCUUCGCUGGCAUUCCCAUUCAUCCGCACGCCUCAGGUCAGCAAAAUUAUUGAGGAGAAAUGGAAAUACUACAAGUGGAUUAACCUUGCUCUCGAUGAUAAAACUGAUCGGCGGAGUAGGAGACCCGCCCAGUUUUUACGAUACUAG